CCACGUAGUCUGGAGUUCUGCAUGAGGCAUCUGCCUGAUACACCAUACCGAACGGGUGGAUAUAUGUUUCGUUUUAACUGAGCACAAUGAGGAAUAACUAAGCUACAGGAAACUCUACUAUCAUCUUCUACUAACAGCUUCCCCGUUCCCUCAGGAUCAUCGAUUGGUGACGGGGGUACUACGAGGAGUGCUAGAAUCCGCCAAUGCAAGAGAAAAGCGCAUUGCCUGAAUGCAGUUCUAGACGGUUAAUUUGCGAACGAAGUUUCCAGGCUAAUCCGUCAGAUUAUCUGAUAGCAGGACACUUGGAAAGUGACGUCCUGUUGCCACAUUUUAUCUAAAAGGGACUGUCCCACGGAACUCAAACUGGUAGCCGCACAGAGAAAGGCUUGUUCAAUUAAAAAAAAAGACUAUCAAAUAUGAUUUCGGAGGAACGGAGUAAUCACACGUCCAAGCAAUCUCUGCACUUUCCCGUGGGUUUCCUGAUCCCCUCGCCGAAAAGACGUCUCGCCAAACUGGGAUUUAAGUCAAGGAACGGGUCAGUCAAGUCCCACAGCUCCUCUGGCUCCCCGGUGCCGGCCGAGGGCAUGCCAGCGAGGCAGCCUGUCAGGAGCAAAAUCCGCCGGCAGAGCCGCCUGUCCUCCGUUUUCCACCGGAACCCUCUACCGCAGGAUGGCAGGCAUGGCCAGGGGGACCCGGCAGUGAUGGGGGGCGGGGCCCCGGACACCCCGGGGAUCCUGAAGGUUUACGGCAGCCACAUCUGCGAGGGGACCAACUACAAGAGCGUGCUCGCCACCACUCGAUCAAGCGCCAGGCAGCUCAUCAGAGAGGCCCUGGAGAGAUAUGGUUUGGGUGAGGAGGACCCCGCCUCCUAUGUACUGUGCGACGUGAUUGGCCAGACUGGGGACAACCUCCAGUGGAAGGCGGAGUGCUCCCGAGUUGUGGGUGACACUGAGAAGCCUCUCCUGCUGCAGUCGUUAUGGAAACCCAAGGAUGGAUUGACACGGCGGUUUGAGAUCCAGAGGAGAGCAUGUGUGGAGGAGUGGGGCGCCAGGGAGAAGGACUCUGCCACCACAGCCCUAAACGGCCAGGCCAAGAAGAUGCAGAAGAUGCGUUCACGAGUGACGUCCCUCCUCGUCGAUGGGAGCGGGUGUGACGGGCGGGCGGGAGACGGCCUGUGGAGGAGCCUCAGUGACAUGGACCUGUCUGGUCCAGGUGAGAGGGGUGAGGAGGGCAGGCGUGGCCAAAGCCCCAGGCCCCAGGAGGACCCCCAGCCAGAGGCUGAUAAGGAGGCGCCCUGUCCGGAGAAGGAGGAGACAGAGAGCAGCGGCGACAACAGCACCCAGUACUCUGUUCACCUACCCCUCGACUUCCCCUAUUUCCUGCUGCUGCAGGGCUACAGCUGUGCACAGGACUUUGUGCUCUACCUGCUGGGGGGGAGCGCCACCAUUUUCGGGCGCUGGGAGCGUGAGCGUGAGGGUGAGGGUGUGGGUAAGGAGCAGCCAAAGGCAGACAUCCUGCUGUUCGCCCCGGACAUCUGGCCCCACCAUUGCUGCGUGUGCCGGCUGGAGAGAGCAGGGCAGGAUGGUGGGAGGGGGGGAGCCAUCACCCUGCUGAAGCCCUUCUGCAGCGCCCCUGUUGCCCACAACGGUGUCCCCCUUGAGGGAGAGGCUGAGCUCCACCAGGGCGACCUCGUCAAGCUGGGUGAACACUACCUCUUCAUGUUCAAAGAUCCCACUGACCCAGCUUCCUGCCUGACGCCCCACUGGCUGACAGCGCCAGCCUCCAGCGGGGUGCCGGCCUGCAGACACUGUAGCAUCCCCACUCUGCAAGCUCAGAGGAGGCGCAGGCCUGGGUGGACAGACACAGAGGGCCGUGAUCUCUCCCUACGGUACGAGCUUGAGCACGAAGAUCGGAUCCUGGACGAGAUCAUUACCAUGGCUGAACCCCAUGGUGAUGGCCCCAAGCUGACCCCCGCUUUCCUGCUAUGCCUGUGCCUGCAGCACUCUGCUACAGCUUUCAAGAUGUCCGACUUCUGCCAGCUUCUGUUGCGGAUCACCAGCCUGGUCCAAAAGACCACGUGGGAGAAGACAAAGGAGCUGGCUGUUCUUCACCCUGAAACGGUCCCCAGUGAUGGAAAGCAGUAUCCUGACAAGCUCCAGCCACUGAUCUUGGAUCAGCUGAUCAAGGACCUCCAUUCACUGGUGUUGUGGAUGGCCAAUGCCAUUGAGCUACUGCACUUCAUCCAGCAGGGGGCCCCACAGUUAAUCCCCUGGGAGGAGGAAGAGGAUGGUGACAACACAGGCUGCAUACGAGUGGCUUGUGAGGAGGCGAUGACCGUCCUGGAGGAGGUGAUCAUGUUCACCUUCCAGCAAUCUGUCUAUUACCUCACAAAGGCCCUAUAUGCGGCGCUUCCUGGCCUUCUGGACGGGAAUCCUUUCUCAGAGACGGGGCAGCUGCGGGUUCCUGAGGGCGUCGCCCAAGUCCUUGACAUCCUGGACGAGACUCUGCGGCUCCUCACGUCCCACCAGGUGCACUUGGACGUGGCCUCCCAGCUCUUCGUCUAUCUCCUUUUCUUCAUCAAUGCGUCGCUUUUCAACGCCCUCAUGGAGAGAGGUUCUAGAGGUGGGUUCUACCAGUGGUCCAGGGGGAUUCAAGUCCGGGCCAAUCUGGACCUCCUGAUGGACUGGAUUCAUGGGGCAGAGCUGGGGGACCUGGCAGCUGAGUUCCUCCAGAAAGUCUCAGUGGCAGUCAACCUUUUGGCCACACCCAGGGAGAACCUGCUGCAGGCCUCUUGGAGAUCUCUGAGGGCAGAGUUUGUGUCCCUGAACCCCGCCCAGCUGCAUCACAUACUGCAAGAGUAUGAGCCAGGACGAGCUCGUCCUGCCCACUGGAGCCCCCCACCUGAGGAGAUUCAUGCUGCUCUGAGAACAGGGGCCAUCCUGGAGAGCUUCGACAACCACCCGCCACUCAUCCUGCCCAGCACCGCCUUCCACCUGGAGCUGGGCAAGACAAUUGGGGACCUCCGCCUGACUGCGCAUCUGGGCCGGCUGCAGGAGUUCAUACUGAGUCUCACACAUGGAGAGUCGACUAAAUCUCCUGCGCAGUUGCAGCAGGUAUUGUACAGAGACCCAGCAGGGGCGUGUCCCCCACCCACAGCUGGGCAGCAGGACUCCACCCACCCAGAAGCAGAAGUAGCAGCCCCUCUGCAGCCACUUGCAGAGGAGGAGAGGAGUGGGACAGAUUCUUCAGCGCCUCCUGGUGUUGGUGAUGCUCACUGCGACAGGAUGGGUGCCCUCCGAGCCAGCAGGGCGGCUCUGACGCAGAAGUUGCGGAGCCUGGAGCUCCAGAACGACCUGCUGGGGGAGACGGACCUCGGCUCCCACAAGAGCCUGGCCCUGGAUCCUUCCUGCCUGCUCACCCCGCCCAACACUCCCCAGGGCCCCGAGCUGGGUGAGCUGGGGACCUGUCCCCAUGACCAUGCUCCCCACCUUAUCAAGGCAUCGGGCCACACUGACCAGAGGGAAGAGAAGGGGGAGGAGGACGAGGAGGAGGAAGUGUUCACAGUGGAGUUACAGAAGGGACCCCGUGGCCUCGGCCUGGCCUUAGUGGAUGGAAUGAAAACGCCGCUGAAAAUGAGUGGGAUUUUCGUGAAGGCAGUUGCCCCGGACUCACCGGCAGCCCAUUGCUGGAAGUUGGGUCAGGGGGACCGGAUCCUGGCUGUGAAUGGCCUCAGCCUGGUGGGAAUGGACUUCCACAUUGGGAGGCAAUUGAUCCUAACCUCAGGUGACCGACUCAAUCUGCUGGUGGCCAGAUCAGAGCUCAGGUCAGCUGGCAGGAGCCUGUGCACUGAUCCCAGGUCAGCUGGAAGGAGCCUGUGCACAGAAUGCUGAGCCAGGGGACCAUCUGUGGCAGGGCGACACAGUCCAACCGCCCAUUCACAAGCAGAAAGGAGAGGGUCUGGCUGCUGCCAGGCUGAUCUGUCUGAAAAGGCCUUCCUGUUACUUUCCUGCACCUAAUCCUGACCCCAAACAACUCUGAGAAUGACAUCACAGUGAUGGACAAGAUUGUCUU